AUGGUCGCCGGGCACCGGACGCUGCUCCUCCUCCUGGCCGCCGCGCUGCUGGCGGCGGUGUUCGCCGUGGCCGUGGCGGAGGAGGCGAAGCCGACCAUCCUGACACCCGUGGCGCAGACCCCCGUUGGGUCCUUCGAGGGCGACAAGCCGGGUGCGGACGACGCCAUGGACGAUGAAGACGCCGCGCCCGUCGGAGCACCCAUCGGCACCACCAUGACCGAGCCCAAGCCUGAGCUCACCACCCCGCCCGGCGGCGCAGGGGAGGGCACGCCAGCUGCUAGCGCCGCCUCUUCCCUCGCAGCCCUGGCUGGCUUUGGCGGUGCCGUGAUCGCCGCCGCCGGCGUCCUAUCCUUCUGA